UCACGGAGCACAAUAUCUCGUGGCAGAGGUGCGUUGCAUUAUGCAGCGAUGGGGCCCGAGCCAUGAGUGGCAGCAAGACUGGACUGUUUGCGCAUGUAAGGAGGGUGGCUCCGGGGGUAAUUUGGACACACUGCCUGAUUCAUAGAGAGGCUCUCGCCUCCAAAGAUCUCAGUGUUGAGCUCAGUGGUGUGUUUGAUGUCGUUGUCAAGACGGUCAACUUCAUAAAACGAAACGCAUUGAAUACACGCCUGUUUUCAUCCCUAUGCCAUGACUUGGGAAGUGAACACAGCUCUCUCCUUUAUCAUUCAGAGGUGCGUUGGCUGUCUCGCGGCGCUGUGCUCGCCCGUGUGUUUGAACUACGCGGAGCUAUCUACGAGUUCUUGUGCGAGAAGCAUUCUGAUCUGGCUUCCAAUUUCAACGAUAGUUACUGGUUAACUAAGCUGGCGUACCUCACAGAUGUUUUUGCAGAGCUGAACAAGUUGAACAGCUCCAUGCAAGGGAGAGAUGCAAACGUCAUGCAGCUCUACGAGAAGCUCGACGCAUUUGUGAAAAAAAUGUCAAAGUGGAUCGAACGAGUGGAGAGCAAUAACUUGGCGAUGUUUCCUUCAGUUGAGGAAUACCCUGACAGCACUGACAUCAACGACACUAUAUGUGAGCAUUUGAGGAAGCUUGUGCGUCAAUUCGCAAAGUACUUCACUGAUUCGGAAGAGUGGCGCCGUGACAGCAAGUGGAUCCUGCUCCCAUUCAGUGACGAUGCAUCAGUAGGGUCAAGUCUGACGGCUGUGGAAGAGGAUAAGCUGAUUGAGAUGUCCACAGACUCUGUCAGGAGGCAUAUGUACGACACACAGCCCCUUGUUAAAUUCUGGAUAAGUUGCCAGACAGAAUUUCCACAGCUUGCUGCAAAAGCAAUGAGGUGUCUUUUGCCCUUUCCAACCACAUACCUGUGUGAGAGUGGUUUUUCUACACUGGCGUACUUAAAGAAUAAGUACAGGGCUAGGCUUGAUCCAGAGAAUGACAUGAGACUGUCUCUGUCUACCAUUUCGCCACGAAUAGACAGGCUGUGUGGACUUCACCACGCCCAGAUAUCACACUGACAGCAGGUGAUUGGUGACAGGUCUGUCCUGGCUGGGUUAUAAAAGCCCUGACCAGCCAGCAGUUGAGGCUGCCUUGGUCUUCAUUUGUUGGAUUUUGGUUCUCCGGUGUUGUUGGAUUUUUGUUCUCCGUUGUUGUUUUGUCACACACCUAGACUGACUUUGCAUGACAUUUUUAGUUACUUUUCCCAAUACUGAAUUGCACAACACUUUAUUAUUCUUUAUUCUUUCUUUAAAAUAAUCUUUAAUUUAAUUUAAUUUAAUAAAUCUACUUUUAUUAUUAUAAAAUCUGCGUGGCCUCUCUUUCAUGUUUCAUGCAUUGAGCUAUGCAUGUAACACCAAAUACACACGCGCACGCGCAGGCACAUCAGUGGGCCGCGGAUUGCUUUCUAGUCCGAAUGGUGGUCCCUGGGACAAAACCAGUUGAA